GGAGGAGAAUCGGAGAUGAAGAGCCCCAGCUAUGGGAUCUGGCCAUAUAAUUUCUUUAAGAAGUUGGGAAUUCCUGGGCCAAGGCCACUGCCUUUCAUCGGAACCUUCUAUGGAUACUGGAACGGUAUUCUGGAGUUCGACCUGAGAUGCUUUCAGAAAUAUGGCAAAAUCUGGGGAAUAUUUGAUGGCCGGCAACCUCUGAUGGCCAUUCUGGAUCCUGCCAUCAUUAAAACCAUCCUGGUCAAAGAAUUCUAUACUAAUUUCACCAAUCGCCGGGACUUAGGUGUGAAUGGAGAACUGGACACUUCCUUAGUCGUCGUAGCUGAUGAACAGUGGAAGAGGAUUCGCAGUGCUUUGUCUCCUACUUUCACCAGUGGGAGGCUGAAGGAGAUGAUGCCCAUCAUCAACCAUUAUGGUGAAAGCUUGGUGAAAAAUGUUCAGAAGAAGGUGGAGAAUGAUGAAGAGAUUGAUAUGAAGUUGAUCUUUGCAGCUUACAGCUUGGAUGUGGUAACCAGCACUUCCUUCAGUGUCAAUAUUGACACCCUCAACCAUCCCAAUGACCCUGUUGUUGUGCACAUGAAGAAAAUCCUCAAAUUUAGCUUCUUCAAUCCUUUGCUAAUAUUGAUCGUCGUUUUUCCAUUCCUUACUCCAGUGCUACAGAGAUUCAACUUCAGUUUGUUUUCCAAGUCUGCUAUGAACUUCUUCUUUGGCCUCUUCAGAAAAAUCAAGGAAGAUCGACAAAAGGAGGGUCACACGCAUCGAGUUGAUUUUCUCCAGCUCAUGAUAGAAUCCCAAGCUGCAGCCGAUGCCUCUGUUGAGCCAAAUUCCUCUAAAGCUUUAACAGACAAGGAGAUUUUGACCCAGGCACUUAUUUUUGUUUUUGGUGGCUAUGAAAACAUGGGUACCACACUCAGCUUCCUGUCUUACUGUCUGGCCAUUCACCCCGAUGUUCAAGAGAGAUUGUACCAAGAGAUCAGCGAAACUCUUCCCAAUCAAGCCCCUCCCACCUAUGAGAUUAUCCAUCAAAUGGAAUAUCUAGACAUGGUGAUGAAUGAAACUCUUCGUCUUUACACUCCCGGGGGACGACUUGAGAGAGUUUGCAAAAAGACAGUGGAAGUCCAUGGAGUGACCAUUCCAGAAGGAACUGCAGUCAUGAUUCCUGUUUUUGCCUUACACCGUAUCCCGGAAUAUUGGGCUGAACCAGAGGAGUUCAGACCUGAGAGGUUUAGUAAAGAGAACAGAGUAAACCUAGACCCAUAUGUAUUCCUCCCAUUUGGAGCGGGUCCCAGGAACUGCAUUGCUAUGCGUUUUGCCGUCCUGGUCUUGAAAGUGGCUGCGGUCAUUCUGCUACAAAAAUUUCACUUCCAAACUUGCAAAGAGACACCGAUCCCCCUGGAACUGGACACCAAAGGGCUCCUGAAACCAAAGAAGCCAAUCAAGUUGAAGUUGGUGCCCAGAGCUGUUGUGGAACAUGAGGAAUAGAGAAUCUGGAGACUGCAAAGAGGCUGUCGUGUCUCCUUCCUUCCUUUUGCAAUGUUUUGCCUUCACAUCACCUAGGAGUAGUAAUUUGAAUGGGUAGAAUUAAAUGCCUAUUUAGACAUUUUCUCCUGAACUUUUCAAGGAGGGCUGGACGUGCCAGUUAAUUUUGGUUUCCCUCCAGUCUUUGCUUUUUUUAAAAAAAUAAACCUGUUUACUUAAUAUACACAUCA